AUGUCGCUAAUCACCCUCCCACCCGAACUCCGCCACAAAAUCCUAGCCUCUGUGAUUUGGACACCAACAGCAACACUCUAUAACCACCUCGACCUAUUUUGCCAAGAUCCUCCUCGUGUCCGGGUCCGCGAUGACUGGGACAUUUGGAUACCAGCCACAUCACCUCAACCACCCGCUCUACCACUCCUCUUAACAUGCCGGAUCCUACGCGAUGACGUCCAGUAUCUACUACAUUCACCUACUGCUGCCCAAAAAUCCCACCCCUAUGAGAUAGACAUCGUCUUCAUCCCCAAAUGCGGCAUUUUCCCAACCUGGGCAUCAUUCCGCAUAAUGGACGUAGAGGACAUCGACGAUGAGGUCGAAACAGCAGGAAGACAGGGGGAGUUCUUGCGCCGUUACCACGGUAUAUCAUCCGACUUUAAUGCAAACGACAAGUACUACCCCAAUCCUCCUCCCGGCUCAUGGAACUUUUAUCGCCUAUUAGUAUCCUUUUUGGCCUUGGGACCUCGGGGCCUUUGCUCUCCCGCUUAUCAAAGAAAAAAUCGCGGCAGUCUUCUUUCUUCAAGAAGCAGAAGCCCUCCCAGACACUCACUCCGACAUCUCAUAAUCAGCGUAACAUCCAAGGAGGAAACGGAUGUGGACGAGGAAAGAUGGGAACGAGCAGACCGUGAUGCACAACGGUUCUUGAUUGCCCACAACGAGGACCUCCCUUACGGAGCCGAGGGGGAAGAGGAGAUUUUCCCAGGACCGCCGCCUAACGACGACGACGACGACGACGACGAUUUUUCUCAAUACACAUGGACAGGCCCGACCGACCUACGAGCCGUUAGAGGCAUGCAUAUCCACGCGGGCCGUGACACCCUUGGUCACGCCGACCGCUAUGGCUUGUACCUUGCUAAUGCGCUCUGGGCCUUACUUGACUUUGGCGGGUGGCUGUCGCGAGGUUUCGGUCUGAUGCUGUAUGAGAGCAUCCUUGAUGACAUUACUUUUUAUGUUGACGGGGAGCCAAGACCUCGGUUUGGCAUGGGCGACUUGUUGCUUUCUUUUCUGGAACGGCCCGAACCCCCAACACCGUCCCGCACUUUGACUCCGGAGGUCGCAGCGGCCUUGAAAGUCUGGAAGGAGUGGGUGGUGAAGUGGAGAACAUGGAGGAAGCUACAGGAGGGUUGUUCUGGUAGUGGCGUGUUGGAUGAUACAUGUAUGGAACCCCGACCACACCCGAGUUUUGAUGCUUUUGUGAGAUACUUGCCGGCCUCGACGUGGGAUUAUGAUCCGAAUGAGCCUGGAUACUCGGAUUCAGACUCAGAUUUCGUGUCCGAAGAUGACGCCGACGAAAGUAUUGUUCAGGAAUAAACUCGGUUUUUUUCUUCUCAAUUUGUUCAUCUGCUUGAAUUUAUGCUUUUUCUUGCCUUUUUGUUGUUCUUUGGUCUUUCUCACGGACCAUAUUUUCAUCCAAUAGGAAGCUCAAGAUCCCGGACAGUGUCCCAAGCUUAAGGGUGACUGACGUUAACAAUCCCUUUGUCCUUGAUAACCCUAACC